AAGACUAAUACAAUAGAACAAAACAACCAAACCAGAGCAUAGCAGGACACUCACGCAAGCUCAUUCAUUUUGCUGUUGAAAGAUGAUAGUUGGAACCAUGAUGGCUGCGAAUGUGCGUGUACCCAUGCUCCUUUCUUCACCAUCCCCUUCAUCAACCAGAAGGGGAUGCAGAAAUCUCAGAACUUCAUGCUCCUUUAAUGCCGCCACCUACAAACCCAAAAUUCCCAUGCCCCCUCUCAACCCUAAUGACCCUUUUCUCUCCAAACUCGCUUCCGUCGCUGCUUCUUCCCCCCAAACGCUGCUUAACCCUUCCUCCAACAAAGACAUGCCUCCUUAUCUCGACAUUUUCGACUCCCCCAACCUCAUGGCUACCCCCGCUCAAGUUGAAAGGUCUGUUUCUUACAAUGAACACCGCCCCAGAAGACCACCACCUGACCUGCCUUCGCUGCUUCUCCAUGGGAGAAUUAUUUACAUUGGCAUGCCUUUGGUGCCAGCUGUCACGGAGCUUGUGGUUGCGGAAUUGAUGUACUUGCAGUAUAUGGAUCCUAAAGAACCAAUCUAUAUUUAUAUUAAUUCCACUGGGACUACGCGAGAUGAUGGUGAAACGGUUGGCAUGGAGACAGAAGGUUUUGCUAUUUAUGAUGCAAUGAUGCAGUUAAAAAAUGAGAUACACACAGUGGCUGUUGGAGCUGCUAUAGGUCAAGCCUGUUUGCUACUUUCAGCAGGGACUCCGGGUAGACGCUUUAUGAUGCCACAUGCUAAAGCCAUGAUUCAGCAGCCUCGUGUCCCAUCCUCUGGGUUGAUGCCUGCAAGUGAUGUUCUUAUACGCGCAAAGGAGGUGAUAAUUAACAGGGACAUUCUGGUUAAACUACUAGCCAAACACACGGGAAAUUCAGAGGAAACAGUUGCUAGUGUGAUGAAGAGACCUUAUUAUAUGGAUUCAACAAAAGCUAAGGAAUUUGGGGUCAUUGACAAAAUUCUAUGGCGUGGCCAGGAAAAAGUUAUGGCAGAUGUUGCUGCUCCAGAAGACUGGGACAAGGGUGCUGGUAUUAAAGUUGUAGAUGGAUUCUAGUUCCUCUUUUGUGGAUACAUAUCUUGUCAACGAUGCUGUGAUUUGAAGUUUUAUGAUGCUACUUCCUUGCAGGUUACCCUGUUAUACGGGCAGGACUUGUUUCCAUUGUCUAUCUACGGAUCCUAGAAAUUCCACAGCUAUUCACAGCAAACUGACCUGUGGUUAUUGUGAGCCGAUGUGUCCAGAAGACAGAGGAAUUGAUAGACAUUUUACUUGUAAUGACCGAAAAAAGAAAAGAAAAGAAAAAGUCUUUCAUCCAUGUGGCCAUAUACAGUGAUUGGUUCUGAUCAUAAGUUAUUAGUCAUUGAAAUGAUUUCCUACCACAUUUCACAUGGUACUGGGAUUGACAUUUACUAUUUACACAAUCGAAUAGAGUACAUGCAAUUUUGAAAUAUUUUUGUUUCUA